GUGAACGUUACAGCAGCUAGAGAUCACUGCAGUGCAGUAGCCAACCAGCAACCAGCUAACCAACUUGACUAGCUACCUACACAGAAUUAUGGAUGAAACGAUGAUACAAGUCAACGGCUGUCAGACUGACCCCCUCUGCACGGGCCCAUAAACAUGUCCACAGAUGACAGUAUCUCUGAGGAUGUGUCCAGCUCGGGGGCUUUGAGCCAUUGCCAUGUCAGUGCUGACGGGGAUGGGGGUAAGGAGAGUGAGGCCUCUCUGGUGUCCUCUGAGGGGACGUCAGCCUCGGGGCUGGCGGUCUCAGAGGGCAGACACACAACCUCCCAAACAACAGGAGGCACUGUGGAGAGCAGGCCCAUGGACAUCACACCAGCAUGCAACAAGAUCAGGAGUAUUUGUCUGAGCACAGAUGAAGCAUUUGAACAAGGGAAGAGCCUCCCAUUCAUCAACCCAAGCUCCCUUGAGACCCUCAGGGUUUUGGUGCAGGAGAUCCAGAGCAGCGGAGAGACCGACCCUGAGAUCUGGAAGGACUGUGAGGGCCGAUGGUUGCAUCUGUUUCAGCUGGUUGAGAAGCAAUACCAAGAGCAAAUACUCGCUCAGCAAGAACAAUACCAGUGCCAAAUACAGUUGAUUCAGGAUGAAAUUAAGGCCCUGGUUCAGCUCCAGAACCGCCAGGCCAACGUCCAGUUCUCUCCAACUUCAGUGACCAAAACUACCCCAAACACAAAGGACUAUAUUCUCACCCUCAUCUCCGGUGACUGCACAGUUCCCAAAAAUGUGGGCAGUCCCAAUGACAGCCUAGCAGCCCCUGCCCACACCCCUUUCAGCUCACCUUCCCCUCCGCUCCAGAGAUCAGAGGCCGCCAACCAGGGGGAGGAGCGGGCAAUCACAGUGCUCAGCAGUGGGUACGGCACUCUGUCUGCAUGGGAGACAGGUCCGGAACAUGCUGGGUCUCCGGCUGAAGAAGGGGAAGGGGUUCAAGGGAGGGGGAAGCAUGAUUGGUCCCCUAACUUUCAGGAAGACGGAGAGAAAACUGUGAUUGGGUGCCAGCAGGAUUAUUCUCAUGCGAGGACUCUCGGAGUGGAAAAUAACCAAUUAGACUACCAGCAGAGAACCUCUGGCACCAGCCAGCUUUUGACCUCCUGGGCACAAAGGCAGAAACUCAGGCCCAGGAAGAGCAAAGCUUCAGUUCAAAUCCCUGAGUACCAGGAGCAGCCCCCCAGCCUCAGAGAAUCUCCCAAACUAAACACCCCAGAGAGUGCCGACAUCCAGGACCAGCAGCGACCGUCCAGGCUGUGUUCCAGCUCCUUCCCCCUGAGGAGAAGUGACAGCCUGUUGUCUGAGGCAUCAGGACUCACUUAUUGGCGUCUGAAUGAGAAUGAAAUGUAUCACCCCCUACCGGACAGCUUCGAUAGUGGCGCCUACCUCCUUCUACAAGAAGCAUCCAUGAGUCUUACUCCAUCACAGGAGCCCCGGCUGUCUCUCAGAGAGAUCUAUCAGAACAAGCAGAGACCAGACUGUAAACGUUCAGACUGUGAAGGUUCUGUUACAUCCAGUCCUUCGUCCCCACGGGUGUUGACCUUGGACCCAGCAGCGAACCAGCGGCAGUCAGAUCGCACCUCUGGCUUCACCUCCCCCUCUCACUACAGCUCGUUUGCCGCUCAGCCCCACCUCUCCCCCAGAGUAGGGACCCCUGGGACCCCCGACAGCAUGGUGGAGGGCAGUCCCAACCCCGGCGAUACAGACUGGAUCUCUGAUACCUCCAGUGUCUCCGCUGGCGGACCUUCCCCUUCUAAGGUGCCGAGCUCGUGGGGUAACUUAUCCCAGGCGGUCCAGUUUCACUAUCAGGAUAAGACACAGCCCUACUCCCACACAUCCAGCCAGCAACACAGAGCCAGUGAGGAGGAGGUCAGUCACACCCACACCAGCACCCUGAAGCCCUGUUCAUCUUCUGGUGCUACACUGCGGCCUGCAGGCAGUCCACACAUAGAGAGGGCUUCAUCUCUAGAGGAUCCUGUUGUACUUUCUCUACUGCGGCAGAACCUGAGAGAGAAGCACUCUCGACACGUGGCUGAUCUGAAAGCAUAUUAUGAGUCUGAGAUUCAAAUCCUGCGAGACAAACUGAAACUUAGAGAUCUGCCCCUGGAUUUAGAGAGGAGCAACCAGGCCCUCACAGAGAGGUGCAAACAUCUAGAGAAAGCUCUGGCUGAGGCCACCAAUCGCAUUCAAGAACUAGAGGCAACAAACAGCUCCCUGGAGAAAAAAAUAGCAGAAUGGCCGGAGCGGUACGCUGUAGCGGGUGCGACUGUGAAAACCCUGAAGCAGCGACUAGAAGAAAGCAAACGCUCGGGUAAAGAGAAGGACGCCCUGGCAGCACGUUUGAAGACCCAAGUACGGCAGCUGGAGGAGUCGGUGCAGAAAGCCGGCAGGGAGGCCGACGAGAGGGAGGCAAAGAGGGAGAGAGAGUACAAGAUGCUGCAGGAUCUGCUCGGACAAUAUGACUCUCUGGUGAAGGAGCACGACAGACUGAAGAACAACCUGGUGUCAACAGAGAACAAGCUGGACAACGCCAACGAUCAGAUAUCAGAACUGAAGAGAGUAAUCUCCAAACUGGAGACUCAGGUGAAGCAGCUGGAGCACGAGAACCAGGCCAGGGCACGUUAUUCUUCCCACAGUAACACACAGCCGUCUGGGGCUGGUCUCCUCCACCAUCCUGACCUGAUGCUGUCACCCAGUAAAUGCAAAGUAGAGCCAGACGUCACCCGCCAGAAGUCCCCUUGUGCUCCAUCUGACCAGCUGAACAGUGGUAGAAAAUCCCCAUUCCCUCAAACUAACCACUUAGGUCUCCACAAGAAGUCACAUUACCCGUUAGAUGGUCACUCAUCGGGAACUGGAAGCUCUGUGGACACCUCUACAGCUGGGGGGAGCCAGAGGUGUGCGUCCCCCCCGGAGUGUGAACAAUCUCAGCCUCAGCACAGACACCGGGAGCAGAGCCAGCGGGAGGCCGGUCGCCGAGACGGAUCCUCCGCCCUGACGCCCAUGAUGAGGGCCCUGAUAGAGCUGGAGGAGACCAGAGCUACAGAGAGCCGGGCCCCCUGUAAGAACCGCUCCACCACCCACAGGGUCGGCACUCAGAGGACCACAGUCGGAUUUGUGGAGCGGAGACACAAGGAGCUGAUUCCGGAGCGAGUCGGGCUCCAGGCGGACAGGGAGGGGGUUAGACCUGGAGGAGUCGUGGCCAGAGCUGAGCUCAGAGGAGGAGGAGCAGCGAAAAGAUCUGCAGCUCUGCUGAGAGCUCAGAGGAGUCUGUCUCCACAGGGCCACCGAUCCUCCUCACUGCCUCCAGAACAUCGGAACAAACUCCCGUCUACACCGCCAAGGAGAGGAACUUUACUCAUGCCCAUGUCUGCAAAGUCCAGUCCCAAACGCUGCCCCUCUGAGAACUACUCCACUGCUUUUGGUCACUUCAUGCCAAGAGAGGAACACCUGCACAAAAGGAGUGAUGGACAAGGUGACCAGAGACGUCAUUCAUUCCACAGCAGCAGUCCGAGGAAGAGACUCCAUUUUUCGUCAUCAGACAGAGAAGAUGACCUCCAGCAGCCAGAGUCCUCCGGCAGCAUGAACCCACCGGAGAGACCCUCCCAGCUGGGCUGGGAGGAGCCGCGAGUCUGUUGGGGGGCCGACCUGCGGGACUCCUAUGAGGACGCAGCUCCACUUUUCCUGGACAGACUCCACUCGCUGGCUGAAGCAGAGAAACUGUUCGACGAGCUGACGCAGGAGAAACUGCAGAUUGAGGCAGCUUUGAGCCGGAUGCCCGGAGCAGGCGGCCGAGGGACUCUGCAGACCCGGUUAGAUGAGGUGGCCUUAGAGAAUCGUCUGGAGGAACUGAAUCGUGAGCUGGGAUCCAUCCGCAUGACUCUGAAGAGAUUCCACGUCCUCCGCUCCUCUGCCAACUUAUAGCAAUGUCUGUCUGUAUACAUCACGGUGUAGAUGCUACAACUUAGUGUCUUGGUUUUAUACACUGCACUGAUUGUCUCUUUCUGUGCCAUACGUCCAUCUGUACAGCAACUCCACGGUAUCUUUUUUUAUACUCAAUUACUCUGGGAUACUUUUGAUACGUCUGAAAGAUAUUGCAAUUUUUGGAGUCUAUUUUUUAGUAAAACACAGAUUUGUAAAGUUGUUUACUUUUUUAGUCACAGAAAAAUGGAUAUGUUUUACUUGCCAUAAUCAGGUGACGUUUUUUUAAAUCUGCUAUGUGAAUAAUAAAACAAAAAAGGACUUUCUAGCAGAGACAUUCAUCUAUUUGGGAAACUCUGUGAAUCACUGUCCAUUCUUGUUCAUGUGUUAAAUGUAUUUAUUUUAUGUUUCUUUUAUACGUUGUUUUUUUUCUAUUUGUUUCGGGCCAAAUGUAUCAAACUUGAAGGAAUUGUUUGUUUACUUGAAUCAAAUUGCCUUUAUUCUUUGUGUACUUUCCAUUACUGCUUGUCACUGUCUUUUAAUGUUCAGUGUUUCCUACAGGAUAUAGGACGCUCCGGAUCAGAGCCACUUGUAAAAUCCAAACCAGCACACACUUUUACAGAACACACACAUACAUGUGGUUGUUUCUCUUUGAUCGAUGUUUGUGCAUGGAGUUUCUUGCACUGCUUCCUCUUGCCAUGCAGUUUUAUUACCUGACAUGAUCUCCACUGGAACUAUAAUGUUGUUGUUGCACAAUAAAUUAAGCUUUUUGUUUUGAUAA